UUAACUGACAUUUGACAGCUUAUAGGUUAUUCAAAGCUAAUUUCAAGUUAUAUUUCUGGCGGGAUUUUACUAACGUUCUAGAUCUAACACGCUUCGUUUUUGUGCGUUUCCAAAUUCGCUAAUUUACAAUUAACAUCUCAAACUUUUUUAAAAAUGUUCGAAGCACGUUUAUUAGCGAGUGCAACGUUAAAGAAAGUUUUGGAAGCGGUUAAAGACCUCCUAAACGAUGCCUCUUUCGAUUGUUCCGAUUCCGGCAUUCAGCUCCAAGCCAUGGAUAAUUCUCACGUUAGUUUGGUUUCUUUAACUUUAAGAGCCGAUGGAUUUGAUAAGUAUAGAUGCGACAGAAACUUAACUAUGGGAAUGAAUUUGGCAAGUAUGACCAAGAUUUUAAAGUGUGCAAAUAACGAUGAUACCGUAACUAUUAAAGCCCAUGAUGAUGCCGACAAAGUAACAUUUAUGUUUGAAUCAAAAAAACAUGAAAAAAUUGCUGAGUUUGAUUUGAAAUUAAUGAAUUUAGAUCAAGAACAUUUGGGCAUUCCUGAUACUGAAUUUUCUUGUAAAAUUCAUAUGCCAUCAGCAGAAUUUGCGCGAAUUUGUAGGGAUUUAUCUCAAUUUGGUGAAUCUGUUGUGAUUUCUUGUACAAAAGAAGGGGUGCAAUUCUCUGCGGCUGGUGACAUUGGAUCGGCUAAUAUUAAAUUGGCUCAAACUAAUAAUAUCGAUAAUGAAGAGGAGCAAAUUACAAUUGAAAUGCAAGAGCCAGUUACACUUACGUUUGCUUGUAAAUAUUUAAAUUCAUUUACAAAAGCAACUCCUUUAUCUGCUCAAGUACAACUUUCCAUGUCUGAUAAUGUGCCAUUAGUUGUUGAAUAUGAAAUCCCGGAUUUGGGCCAAAUUCGAUAUUAUUUAGCACCAAAAAUUGAAGAUGAUGAAAAUUAAAAUCUUUGUAACUGUAUUUAUUAGUAUUAAAACACAUUUGUGCCUUAAUUUAAGCCGUUAUAUUAAUGUUUAGCGUAUUGUAACAACUUCUUUUCAAAUAUAUACAUAUUAAGGUAGUUUUUAAUCUGUUUAAGUUCUGAUUAACAUAAUAAAUUAAAUAAAAGAAGA